AUGGCGUCGACAGUCGCAGCUGGUGUCGGCAUCGCCGCAGCUGCUUUCCUUGGCCGUGCUGGACUUGUCGCCUUCCGAAGAUGGCGCAACCCGAAUGGACUUAAUGCGCUCGGCCGGCCCUUCUACAAAGGCGGCUUUGAGCCGAAGAUGAACAAGCGCGAGGCCGCGUUGAUUCUGGACCUGAGCGAGCGGACACUCACCAAAGAAAAGAUCCGAAAAAACCACCGAUUACUCAUGCUUGCGAACCACCCCGAUCGAGGCGGAAGUCCUUAUCUUGCCAGUAAGGUCAAUGAAGCAAAGGAGUUUCUGGAGCGAAAUGGCUGA